CAAAAUGAUAUUUUCGUGUGGCGAUUGAGGAUUAUCAAAAUAAAAAUAGAAAAUUAAUUGUUUUCAAUUCGAAUUAUUUAACAAAAUGGUGUCACGAAGCUUAACAGAAGUUUUCGUGUUAAUGCGAAAUAAUGCUAUACACAGCAAGCAUAUAUUUUCAGAACAGGCAAAUGACACUGAGAGAGUAAGACUGAUGAGAUCAAAUUCUCAUGAAAUGGAAGCAGGCUUGGAGCUUAAAUCUGACUCCAAUGCCCCACCACCUUGGAGUGACUCGUUAGAGGAGGCGCAUUACAUAGUUACGAGGUUAAGGACUAAGUUGUCAGAACUUCAGUCCCGUCACGAGCGACAGAUCCGAAGGCCAGCUCUGGACGACAGCGGCGAACAGCAGCAAAUUGACCGACUAUCGGCAGAAAUUGGCCGACUUUUCACUCAAGCUCACGCGCGAAUUACAACUAUCAAAUCUCAGAUACGACAUGGCAACAACAGCGAACAGAAACUAGCGAGUAACGUAGUUCUAGCAUUAGUCACAAUUCUUCAGGAUCUGAGCAUAACUUUCCGCACGUCGCAGUCGAACUACCUGAAAUCCUUAACUUCCAGAGAAGAAAGAUCGAACGCGUACUUCGACCUCCCAAACUUUGAAGAACUCAGCUUACAGGACAACGACCUUCUGCCAGGACUGACCAACAAUCAGACAGACCUGUUAUUCUCGCUACCGAGUACAUCCGGUUCACAGAACUACGACGAGGAAAAUUUAGAUGGAAUGUUCCAGAAGCAAGCGAUGAGUCAAAAACAGCUCUUACUGAUGCAGGAGGAGAACAGCAAGAUGAUUGAGGAGAGAGAUGAGGAAGUUAACAAGAUUGUCAAGUCCAUCGUGGAUUUGAACGAUAUCUUUAAAGAUUUGGCGACUAUGGUCCACGAACAGGGUACAGUUUUAGACAGGAUAGAUUACAACAUUGAACAAACCCAGGUGCAAGUUCACGAAGGGUUCAAGCAGCUGCAGAAAGCUGAAAGGUAUCAAAGAAAAAAUAGGAAAAUGCACUGUAUAUUUAUACUAGGGAUAAGCGUUUUUGUGAUGGUAAUUUUACUGAUUAUAGUAAAAAGUUAGCUCUUAAUGCAAUGGACAUAAAUCGUUUUGUCGCGUAGCAAGUUUUGUUUUGUAUCGGCCGAGAAAUUGCGAAUUUUGAAAGCACAAACAACGCAAAGCACUUCUGUUAAUCGUGUUAAUAAAUAUUUAAAUUUUAUUCAAUAUUUCUGUUUUAUAUAAAAAAUAAAUUAUUAUUCUGUCUUUAUGUUUGAAGCUGGCAACACUUAUUAAUUUUGUAGUUUACAUUUACCUAGAAUGUAUUUGUGAGAAUAAAUUAUAAGGUACGUGUACGAUACAAAAGCAUUAUGUAUUUGAAUAUGAGGAUUUUUAAACAGACUGUAGUGUAGUUAGACAACAAAAAAUAUUAUAUGGAAACUAUUUAGAUCUAGUUAACGCUGGUUCACACUAGUUCGAGAGUCGUGGUCGAUAGAUGUCAUCUAUUCAUCGGAUUGAAUUCAGUAAUACUUCGACAUAGUUUGUCUAAUUAACAUUAUCGUUAAAUUUGGAAAUUGUUUUUAUUCAGGAAAAUUACUCGCAUUAAUUGCAGUUCUUCAAUUUAUACCAUACAAUCAGGCGUCAUGACAAGUGUUAAACACAAACUUGCUUCAGAUGCAAAGAUUACGUUCGUACCGAUAAAAUAUCCGGCAGAUUCGAUUUUUUAAAAAAAUUUCGCCAGUCAAUAGAAGCCGUUUUUAUUAACUUGAAAUGAUGGGAAAAUCGAUAAAAAGAACUCGAAUCAGUUGAAAUACGAUCGAUGCGACCUUAUACCCAAUACGUGUGUCAUCAGACCUCAUGUGAGCCGACAUAAACAGAAUCGUAAUAUAUAUUCGAUCUGGUUCAAAGUCAUUCCUAUUCUUAGAUGUAAUUAAUUUUAUAUUAAGAUUUAUGACAGUUUUUUUUUAUGUUAUCGAUGUUUCUUUCUCAAUGUUUGGAUUCCUAUUAAUAAGCUUAGUGAACUAAAACAUGGCUGUAUGUAAUCGUUACUUUGCCAGUUGAAUUUUUUACAGAAAAAAGGGAACUAUCCGUAUUUAUAAAACCAAGGAAUGUGCUCAUCGAUGUGAAAGCUUUAGUACAAGAGCCAAACUCGUACUUUUUUUUAUUUAUCUUGCAAAAUUAAGUAUUUAGCAAAUUUUUGCCUUGUUUUGUGACGUCACAAGUUCUUUGAGAUAUUUUUUUAAAAGUAACUCGUUGAAUUCAGGUUUUUAAAAGACCGCGCUGAUCGUAAUAGUAAGCUAUUUGUCGCAAUUUUAAUAAAAUUUUAUUCUUUUAGAUGAAAUGUUAUUCUUGUGUGUACCUGUAAAUAUUUUAGCAAACAUCGGAAAUGAACGUAUUGUUACAAAUUAUUUUGGUUCCAUUUGGUUCAUUAGUUAACACUACCAAAAAUUUUAUCACAAACGAAUAACAAAAUGGCAUUUCGAAGAACAACAAUACUUGCGUUGCAACAAAAAGUCCAUUACGAUUAGUAUAUGGAACCAUACAGAGCAUUAUAACACCUCAUCGUGUUUAUUUUUUCAAUAGUAGUUUUAAUUUAUUUAUUUUCGAAACGUAUUUCAAAAAAGUAGUGAUGACAAUUUGUAAAAACGUUCUCAGCCAUAUAUUCAGUCUGAAGUCUUACUAAACUUCAUAUCGGAAGACCACAAUAUAAAAUAAUGUUCCCGCUAUUAAAAUCUUAUCAAUUCAAAUGGUAUAUUUAUUAAUCGUUGUAUAUUUAUUUGGUUAGUAUUUAAUUCUUUAAGGCAGUUUUCUAGUCCUGAUUGUUUUAUUUUGAAUAGACAUAGCAUUUAAUAUGAUCUAUUUAAAAAAAACAUGACCAAAAUUCGUUAAGUUAUUCCAUAGAUAAUAAGUAGUUAGGUAUACAGAUAAUAUAACAUUAAAAUUUUAUUUAUAUUGAAAAUGUGUUUUACGUAAGAGCUAUUCAUGUGUGUUACGCUGGUAUCCCCUUGUACCCUUUCCUAUUUACUUAACCCUCUAAAAUAAUCGUAAACACCAUUGACCACAAAUAAAUAUUCGUUAAUGAUGAAUUAAUAAUGGGGUUACUUAGACGUUACAUUAUACUCCCUUUUCCCGUAAUUAUUGCGUGCGUGUCACAUAAAUAGCUCCUGAAUAGUUUGAGCAUGAGUGCCAAUGAUUAAUGAGAUAAAAAAAAUUAACAACAUCUACGGAUUUUGUUAUUUUAAUUUGACUUAUAUAUAGAUAGAAAAAAAUUGCAAAAAUAUUAAUCAAGGCACCAAUUCCAAGCCGUUCAAAUUCCAUUAUUUGAUCAGCUCUUUGUUAAAGUAAGAAAUAAAGAAUAUUUAAUUUCCUAAAGAUCGGUUGAUAUGCUUAAAUAUAUAUAGUUAAAUUUUUUUUUAAGUACAAUCAUUUUUUUAAUCUAUAUUCUGAAGCGAAUAAAAUUGAAUAUUUCGAUUGUAUUGUCACGAGUACUAAGUGUAUGUAUGUGUGUAUGUAACCAGUCAAAUGGGUCAGACGAAACAUUAAAAUGAGUUCUUGUAAGUUCAAGAUGCACACAUAUUAACCGCUAAAGUUUAAUAAGUUAAGUCACACUAGGAAGUAUAAAUAUAUCAAAUAAGUACAUACAAUUAAACUUUUGACAAUUUGUUAUAAAUAUUAAAUGUAAAGGGCCUGUUUCUAAACGGAAAGUGCCUAUAACUUAAUGUGUGACUGUACUUUAUACAUUAUUAAUGUCUAUAUUGUUGUAUGUCUAUUUAAUAAAUUUAAAUGAAACUUAUGCAUUACAUUUAUCAUUAUUUUAUUAAUUGAAA